CGAGGGGAAAAUACACCAUUUCAGGAGUAAAAACACAAGACUAUUUCCUGUAAGUGAACUCUGUGCUGAUACAGGGUUUGAUUUAACACACCGAUGUUGGAGUGAAGUAAACGUGUGUCCUGCUGUAAUCUGGAGAAGGAGACAUGACCUCCAACAUGAGUGUGUCUGGAGAACAGGACUUAAAGAGAGACGAGAGAAUGAUGGAGGGAAAGAGAUCAGACUCACCAGAACCCAGCUGUGUGUCCAUGAAGAGUGACGCGUCAAUGGAGGAGCCACUUCACUUCAGAGACGGAGCCAGUUCUCCUGAUGUGAGACCACAACAGAAGAAAUCAAACCUCAGCAGAAAUCAGUUGGACUCCAUAUUCAAGGAGCUGGAACACAAAGUCAUCACUCUGAUAAAGAAUGAGCUGAAGAGGUUAAGGCAGCUCCUGAGUCCAGAUUACCCAGCAUGCACUGAGAGGGAGGUGCAGGAUGAGGAGGAUCUGCACAGUGUCAGAGACGGAGCGCUGAAGAUCACACUGCACGUCCUGAAGAACAUGAACCACACAGAUCUCGCUAACACACUGCACAACAAGUCUGUGGCCUCUGUGUAUCAGCCAAAGCUGAAAUCCAGCCUGAGAGAGAAGUUUAAAAGAAUUAAUGAAGGAAUCUCACAGCAUGGAAGCUCAGCACUUCUGAAUGAGAUCUACACAGAGCUCUACAUCACAGAGGGUUGGAGUGGAGACGUCAAUAAUGAACAUGAGGUGAGACAGAUUGAGACAGCGUCCAGGAGACCAGCAACACAGGAGACACCCAUCAAAUGUAAUGAUCUCUUUAAAGACAAGUCCAUCAGAAGUGUGCUGACUAAAGGAGUUGCUGGAAUUGGGAAAACAGUCUCUGUGCAGAAGUUCAUUCUGGACUGGGCUGAAGGAAAAGCAAAUCAGGACGUCACCUUCAUGUUUCCACUUCCCUUUAGAGAGCUGAAUCUGAUGAAGCAGGAACAUCUCAGUCUGAUGGAUCUUCUUCAUCACUUUUUCCCUGAAAUGAGAAAACUACAGUUAAUAGACUCCUACAAAGUGGUGUUGAUCUUUGAUGGUCUGGAUGAGUGUCGACUUCCUCUAAAUUUCCAGAAGAAUGAGAGGUUGUGUGAUGUGACAGAGUCAGCCUCAGUGGACGUGCUGCUGACGAACCUCAUCAAGGGGAAUCUGCUUCCCUCUGCUCUCCUCUGGAUAACCUCUCGACCAGGAGCAGCCAAUCAGAUCCCUCCUGAGUGUGUAGACCAGGUAACAGAGGUACGAGGGUUCAGUGAUCCUCAGAAAGAGGAGUACUUCAGGAAGAGGAUCAGAGAUCGGAGCCUGGCCGAUAAAAUCAUCUCACACAUGAAGUCUUCAAGAAGCCUCUACAUCAUGUGCCACAUCCCAGUCUUCUGCUGGAUCUCAGCCACUGUUCUAGAGAGAAUGUUGGGUGAAGCAGAGAGUGGAGAGAUCCCCAAGACUCUGACUCAAAUGUUCACACACUUCCUGAUCUUUCAGAUCAAACACAAGGACCAAAAGUACCAUCAGAAAUGUGACCCUGAUCCUCAGCAGACCAGAGAGAGUAUCCUGGCACUGGGAAAACUGGCUUUCCAACAGCUGGAGAAAGGAAACCUGAUCUUCUAUGAGGAAGACCUGAGAGAGUGUGGCAUUGAUGUGAGAGAAGCGUCAGUGUACUCAGGAGUGUGUACCCAAAUCUUCAGAGAGGAGUUUGGGCUUCACCUGGGGAAGGUGUUCAGCUUUGUACAUCUGAGUGUUCAGGAGUUUCUGGCUGCUUUAUACACAUUUCUCUCCUUCAUCAGCAGAAAUGUAACAGAACAACCAACCACUGAUCUGUCUGAUCUUCUCAACAAGUCAGACAUGUCUGAUCUCCUCAGGACUGCAGUGGACAAGGCCUUACAGAGUGAGAACGGACACCUGGACCUGUUCCUCCGCUUCCUUCUGGGUCUCUCACUGGAGUCCAAUCAGACUCUCUUACGAGGCUUAAUGCCCCAGACAGGAAGCAGCUCUCACAGCAAACAGGAAACAGUCGAGUACAUCAAGGAGAAGAUCAGGGAGAAUCCAUCUCCAGAGAAAUCCAUCAAUCUGUUCCACUGUCUGAAUGAACUGAAUGAUCAUUCUCUAGUGCAGGAAGUACAGACUUACCUGAACAGAGGAGGUUACGUUCGUCUCAGGGGAACCAGACUCUCUCCUGCUCAGUGGUCAGCUCUGGUGUUUGUGUUACUGAACUCAGAUCAGGAGCUGGAUGAGUUUAAUUUGAGUAAAUAUGACCCAUCAGAGGAAUGUCUUCUGAAGCUGCUGCCAGUGGUCAAAGCCUCCAGAAGAGCUGAUCUGUGGAGAUGUGAUCUGACAGAGGAAAGCUGUAGAGUUCUGUCCUCAGUUCUCAGAUCAAACUCCUCCAGACGGAGAGAACUGGACCUGAGUAGCAAUAACCUGCAGGAUUCAGGAGUGAAGCUGCUCUCUGCUGGACUGGAGAAUCCACACUGUACACUGGAGAAACUGAGGAUGUGUGACUGCAGGAUUACAGAUGAAGGUUGUGCUGCUCUGGCUUCUGCUCUGAGGUCAAACUCCUCAUCACACCUGAGAGAACUGGAUCUGAACUGUAAUAAUCCAGGAGAAUCAGGAGUGAAGCUGCUCUCUGAUCUACUGAAGGAUCCACACUGUAACCUGGAGACACUACACAUUAACUAUAAUAAACUCACCAGGACUGGCGUAUGACAGGAGUCUCACCUCAAACCUCUUCUCCAGGAUAAAGCAGUUUUGGUGAAGAGUUAGAACCCGUCCCACAUUUCCAGCAGUUUGGGAGCUGAAUCAUUAAACUUAAAGGGGCAGAGCAGAAACAAAGUCAAGAACAGGCAGAAGGUCGUACACAGGAGAAAUCAACACACGUAACCAAAUAUCUGCUGUACAAAGCAACGGCACCGAUCUGCCCCGGGGAUGGAGACUGACGAGGCUUAAGUACACGUCCGGAAAUGUACAGCCAACGCAUCCCAAAGCACGAGGCAGGAGCAGGCGUGUACGAGAUGUGAUCGUCCAAUGGCAAGCAGGAACAUGACGCAUUGCAGUGGACUGGGCUUAAAAGAGGAGGAGACAAGACACCCAUCCCUCCCCCGACAUAGACACACGAAUGAAACAUAGUACAAACAGAAAUACAACUGAGGACGUAACAGUGGUCAAGUAUCAAAUAAAAUGUAAACUUGCAUUGAUGAAGUUAAUGUUGUUAGUAAUUGUUUAUAAAUUACCAUGGUAACACAGAGCUCCAAGGUAUAAAAAUAUGGAGUUUGUCAUCAACCAAACAGUAACCAGUUUUAAUACCUAAAAAAGUUUACGUAGCAAAAUUUAGCAAAGCGCUUUACAGUAAAUUAAAAUGUAAAAUUAAACUAAUGAAAUGUUGUGCAGCACAUGCUUAUGUUAAUGUUUGUUACAUUAUAUAAUCAUAUAAAUAAAUAAAUACUCCCAAAGUCACCAGAAUUGAAAGCUUUGGUGCUGUUAAACAUUUAGAGAUUGCGGUUGUGGUGACACAGUAGUUCACUCAGUAUAUCUGGGUAAGACACAGUGAACGACUCACUGCUGGCGUUCAUGAAGAAGUCAUAAACUCCACUGGAAUAAUAAAUAGGAUCUAAUAAAACCAUGAGUGGAAAUUAUUGGUGUAAGUUUGUUAGGAUAGACUUCCUCCAACCUGGAACUAUAUCCUCCAGUCCACGCGGUGGCGGUAACGCGCCUAACAGCUGCGUCUCCGACCAGUAGAAAUCACAGAAGAAGAAAAAGCUGCAGCGGGUAUCUCCUGAGCAGUUGAGUUAUUACACCGAACUAAUCAUCUCCAGAUUAAAUUAUUUCUGACAGUUUUACAGUUAGAUUUGAUCCAGUUUAAACAUAAAAGCUGGUUAUUUUGUCUGUGUUUGAGGAAUUAAAACUCCGUUCUGUUUUUAAACCCGAGAAUCCCGUCUAUUGUGUGCUGGAAGAUCGCUGGACUUGAAGCAACUCCAAAUGGUGGCCUGUUUGUCCAAAGCCCAGGCUGACCCCCCAACCCUUCAACCUUUGCAGCAAUGCUGGCAGCACUAUUUCCCAAAGACAACCUCUGGAUAUGACGCUGAGCACGUGCACUCAACUUCUUUGGUCGACCAUGGCGAGGCCUGUUCUGAGUGGAACCUGUCCUGUUAAACCGCUGUAUGGUCUUGGCCACCGUGCUGCAGCUCGUUGUCAGGGUCUUGUGUCCAAAGCCCGUGGUGGUGGAAGUGCAUGGCGUGUGUGUGGGAGCAGGUCUGUUGGGAGUGUUAAGUACCAUCAUCUCAUAUACUCAGCAAACAAUAUGGAUGGAACUUUCCAGAGUUGUGGUGUCACUUUUCCUACAAAGCUUUAACCAUCAGAGAGUUAUCUUUUACUGGGGCUUUUAGCUGCAGGAGACUGAAUUACUAACAGUUUUUUUUUUGUGGAUCUGAUUUCUUCUUUCGCAGGAGUGGAUCUAAUCACAGUCUGUGAUAUUCGUCUGUGCACACAGGAUGCUUGGUUUCAGGUGAAGUCGUGUGUUCCCUGAUAGUCAAUGAUUGCUGGAGCUCUGGAAAUAGCAGGUGAGAUUGCAGGUCGGAGUCCCGUCGCUGUCCAGGGAACCAAAAUCAACCUCCUCUACUCCUGAGACCACAGUGUAACUGAGAGCCUAGACUACAUGGCUACUUGGAACAUGAACAUGUUGCAGACACAGGAUCUUAUGAAGUCAGCGCAGGCAGCCCUGGAAAAGAAGAGUCCGAAAGACGUGCCCUUCUCCAAGCUUUAAAGGAGAAGAUCCAGGGCUGUUGAAGCUGCGGUGGAACUGAGACUUCAUCAUCCACAUAUCUUUAGUUCUUCUUGUUAAGUCUGAGUUUCUUUUUAGUCUUUUUAUUUUUAGACUGGUCAAAAGACUGAUUAGUGGAAGUGAAAUGAUGGAUGAACUUUUAAUUACUUGCUUUAUUAUUUGCAGGUGCCUUGUACAGUAAGACAGGGUAACUAAUACUCAAAAGCUUGUUUUGUGUGUUAACAUGUACAGUAGAUGUACAUAUUUUUUCUGGUCCUGUGUGACUGCAGAAUGUAGUGCAGUUAACACAGUAAAUUUCCUUGGAUGCUCACUUUUAGCUCGAGGAGGUCACAGUUUGCCCAGACAUCUUUUUUUAAAUCCGUCAAUCCGUCACCCACACGUCAUUCUGGGGGACGAAGAGGAGGAAGCUGGACAGAUACAUUUAUUUAUUUAUUUAUUUAUUUAUCAUUGCUGUGUUUCCUCAAUCGAGUGCAGAAAGAAGAAAAACACAACUGAUUUAAAAUAAAAAUAUAGAACAUAAUCUAAUGUAAGGUUCUGAUCCGGUUUGCUUUCAGCAGGAAAGCUGUCCUCUUUCCUGUUGCUCUUUCUCUUCUAUUAGUCCAUUUGUCCAGUCUGAAUCGGUUUGAUUCGUUUCAAGAUGAUUUGGAGUCGAAUAAUUUUCUAGUGAGAGUCGCACACUUCCAAACGAACUAGACUGAGAUGAGUAUUUGAUUCUCACUAGAAAGUGAUUAGACUCUGAAUCAACUCAAAAUGAAUCAGUCAAACUGAUUCAGACUCUAUAAAAGGAUUAUGAGAUGUGAUUAGGAUAUAUAUUCCAAUGUUUUGCUUUACAAUUCCACUGUGUGUGUGUGCGCGCACGUGUGUCUUUCAGGAGAAUGAGAAACUCGGACACAAGAGUACAUCCUGACCAUUGGUACUGUGUACACAUCAACAUACACGCAUGUCUUCAUGUUGGACAUCUCAGGAGCUUUCACACACGGUGCUAGGAAUAUCCCGGGACAGAGAAACGCACCUCCUAAGUGAGCGCGUUUAGCGUCAACCGGUGAAAUUUUCUGUAGCGUGAACACUUCGCCUCUGUGAGCUUCACUCUCCGUCAGGUUCACUGUAAUUAGACAUAAAAUGUACAUAAUGUUUAUUUUUCAUACAUUUAGGAUUUAAUGUUUUUCUUUACUCUUUGAGGAACAGAAAUGAUCUUUUGAGGCAGUUUCAUCACUACCUGCUCCGUUUGAUUAAAACAUUACGACCGGUUUCAAAAAGUCACGAUGUCUUCAGUUCAUGUGAUUUUACUGUUGAAUUUAAACAGGAAAUGUGAAAUAUUUUUUCCUUUGUUUCCUCUACUGUCUUUUUGCUGUGAUCUUGAACACAGUUGUAAUUUUAUUAUUAUUUUUUAAAUAAAUAAAUGAUCAUUCUAUUCUUUCUCACUUUCCUUGUCCUAAUUGUCCUGUAUCUGUUAAAUCCGUUUCAUCUCUGGUCUUUCUGUCUCUAUGAACACUUGUAGAAAUGACAUGUAGUCUAUAUUUUUAAAUAUUUUUAUUCAUGAUUUUGAAUUUAAAUAAAGAUAUUCUUUAAUUCUG